UUUAGUUGUGUUGCUUUGGUCCAGUCGUGGCUUGCCCUAACUACUGGCUAAACAGCUUGAAUUUCUUCCCCACGGCAGACCAUCUUCCUUUUGGGUAGACGCGUGUUAAUCCUCGCGUCUUCAUGUGUUAAUUCUAACCUCUAUGUUUCUAACCACAUCCCACAACAGUGUGACAGUGUGACUUGUUGCUUGCAUGACACAUGACACAUGACACUAUGACACAUCAGGUUAAUUACAUUCCUAGUGAGAGAUAGCCUGUUUAGAAGCUCCUCUUCCUCUCUUCUUCGUCCUCUCCGCGUUGUGUUAUUCUUGUGUACGCCAAAUGGGCGGGACUAAAGUGUGCAUCACCUACGGGGAACAACAGGCCAGUCUGACAAAAACACCGGCGCGCCAUGAAACAAGAUUUUACGUGUGAAUGUAUAAAUUGCUCGUCGUGAUUUGUGGACUACAUGAGUGUGCUGGCAGCGGUCGUUUCCAUUUGAGCUGACAUAGUAGCUGGAACUUGCGACCACAAUGGCUAGCCCAGAGGCUGACAUUGAACCACCCAAUCAAGCCUCUACUGCCCAAAACCUCGAUAGAAGACGCUUCUCUCAUGACCUUCGCAAUCUAAGUCAAGACGAGAUAGACAGUCUGUUAUCCAGCAGUGAUGGUCGUCCUUUCAGUGUGGUGCAUCAUCUCCCAGAAUUAAAGGAGGAGGGCAUACCGUACUUGAUACCUGGUGUGCCUAUCACAUGCAGAGUGGAUAACACAGAGAAAUACACUACUCGCUCAAAGGUCUCCGUAGGCACACUAUACACGGUAAUACUAACUCAUGGUCAAUUCCACUGGACGGUGAAGAGGAAGUACAAGAACUUCCAAGAGCUGCAUCGUGACCUGUACAACCACCGGAUGAUGAUUCACUUGCUGCCUUUGGGAAGAUUUGCAAAGGAGAGGCAGCAGCUGAGAGGCAUGUCCGAGGAAAUGCCCAGCCUCCAUGGGACUGAACGAACCAGAAGGACGUCAAGCAAAAUGAAAUACCUGGAGGAGUACCUGAAUGGUCUGCUGGAGAACAGGUUCUGCAGAAGUGACCGUAGCAUGCUGGAGUUUCUGUCUGUUGGUGCGCUAUCCUUUGUCACUGAUCUCGGGCCCAAAGGCUUGGAAGGGCCCAUCUUCAAGAGGUCAGGCGGUCAUCGCAUUCAAGGUCUGAAUUGCAUUGGCCAUCAUCAAUUCUGCUUCCGCUGGUCACGCCGCUGGCUGGUGGUGAAAGACUCCUUUCUGAUGUACAUGAACCGAGACAAUGGCAGCAUCAACUUUGUGUUACUGUUUGACCCGGAGUUCAAUGUGAAAGUGGGCCGUGCUUACACAGACACUAAAUAUGGAGUCUGCAUCGGGAACUUCACUCGGAAUCUGAUUAUCAAAUGCAGUAGCUAUAGACAAGCACACUGGUGGAGUCAUGAAAUCAACCGGCUAGCCGCAACCUGUGACUUUCUCAAAGUGCAACGCUUUGAGGGGUUUGCUCCUCCACGGGACAACACGCUCACUAAAUGGUAUGUGAAUGGAAGUGGCUACUUUGCUGACCUCGCUGAUGCACUUGAACAAGCCAAAGAAGAAAUCUUCAUCACAGACUGGUGGCUCAGCCCCGAAGUAUUCCUAAAGAGACCUGCGACUGAUAACUUCUGGCGCUUGGAUGAACUACUCAAACGCAAAGCAGAACAAGGAGUCAAAGUGUGUGUUCUGCUUUACAAAGAGGUAGAGCUGGCACUUGGCAUUAACAGUGAGCACAGUAAGAGGACUCUUAUGGAUAUGCACCCAAACAUCAAGGUAAUGAGACAUCCUGACCAUGUGUCAUCUGUGGUGUUCCUGUGGGCUCACCAUGAAAAGAUGGUGGCUAUUGACCAAACGGUAGCUUUUGUGGGGGGAAUCGACCUGGCAUUUGGGAGGUGGGAUGACAGCCAGUACCGGUUAACGGACCUUGACGCGACAGACACUGCUGAGAAACUGACAGAUAAGGAGCUACCCCGAGUAGAUACAGAUCAAAACAGUGUGGCUGUUCCAGAACCAUCUGAUAGCCAAACACAGGAGCUUGUGGACCUGACAGGCAACACCAAAUUGUGGCUUGGCAAAGACUACAGCAACUUCAUUAAGAAAGACUGGGUCCAACUGGACAGACCGUUUGAGGAUAACAUUGACCGUACUAAAGUUCCACGCAUGCCAUGGCGUGAUCUGUCCGCAGCUCUUCACGGAAGGGCAGCUCGGGAUGUAGCACGUCAUUUCAUUCAGCGCUGGAACUUCACCAAGAUCUUCAAAAACAAGUACAAGGACAAUUUCUACCCUUAUCUUCUCCCUAAAUCUCAUUGUACUGCUGAAGCACUUGCGUGGACUGUGCCUGAGUCCAGCAAAGCCAAAGUGCAGGUGUUACGUUCUGCAGAUCGUUGGUCUGCUGGAACUUGCGAGAAUUCAAUCCUGAAUGCCUACAUCCACACUAUCAAGAAUAGCCAGCACUACAUCUACAUCGAGAACCAGUUCUUCAUCACCUGUGCCGAUGGGAAGACGGUCUAUAAUGGGAUUGGUGAUGCCAUUGUGGAACGAAUCCUGCAGGCUUACAGAGAGCAAAAGAAGUAUCGAGUGUAUGUGGUAAUCCCCUUGCUACCUGGAUUUGAGGGAGACAUCAGUACCGGAGGUGGAAAUGCCAUCCAAGCCAUUCUUCACUUCACUUACAGGACUAUAUCCCGUGGGGAACAGUCCAUCCUGUCAAGACUAAGUGACUUGGAGGACCGGUGGACUGAGUACAUCACAAUCUGUGGCCUGAGAACAAAGUCUGAACUCUCUCAGUCGCUUGUCACAGAACUCAUCUAUGUUCACAGCAAGACCCUUAUUGCUGACGACCGCUGCUACAUAAUUGGAUCAGCCAACAUCAACGAUCGCAGCAUGCUAGGUAGCCGGGACAGUGAGCUGGCAGUGUUUGUGGAAGAUGAAGAAAGAGUCCCGUCCACGAUGGGUGGAGAGGAGUACGAAGCAGGACCCCUCACGCUUGCUCUGCGCAAAGAGUGCUUCAGUGUUCUUGUUGGAGCUGCAUCAGACCCCAGUAUCAACAUUGAUGAUCCGAUCAGUGAAAACUUCUUCUUCUUGGUGUGGAAUUCAUCAGCCAAACUGAAUGCCACUAUUUAUGACAAGGUCUUCAGCUGCCUGCCCAGCAACUCUGUCCACAAUAUGCAGGAGCUGAAAGAGUACACAAGCAAGGAGCGCCUAUCUGACACAGACCGUGAGCAGGCUGUUGAGGAGCUCAAGGCUGUCCGAGGACUGCUGGUCCACUUCCCCCUGAAGUUCUUGUGCGAAGAGAACCUGCUGCCUCCAUUGGGCACCAGAGAGGGCAUGGCCCCUGUUGGGCUGUGGACAUAAUUGCAGCAUGGCCCAGUCAGACCACAAUGUAAGAACUUAAGGGCUCUGGCAAUAUUGCAGUUAACAUUCUGCCCCAAUUAAAUAGUGGCAACCUUGGCAGUUCAGCGGUGACUAAACCCAACUCCACAAUAUUUAUAUUAACCACUGAAAUGUAGAUUUUAUGACUGACACUAUGUGAGAAUAUUAAAUGAACAUUAACUGGCCAGUUGGUUUAUGACAGCAAUACCUGCUUUAUAAUAUCUACAGUCCAUCUCACAUGAUCUGGGUACAUAAUGUACAUUUUUAUUGGUGCAAGGUUUUAAGUGGCUAGGUUAUUUUUUCCCUCUGUCUCACUCUCUCCCUCCGAGGCUUCACCUCUCACUGCAGUGCCAGCAAAUCCGUCAGAAAAUGUGUGGUUGUUAUGGUGACGGAUACAAAGAAAUGGCUGGAUAUUAGCUGGAAAAAUAUACUGGGUAAUAUGGUCACAAGAUAGAAGAUAUGUCCAUUAUCAGCAUUGGCACAGCAGUUUUACAUAUUUUUGAACAUGUUUGUUAAUGAAUUGUUUUUUUUUUUAAAGGUACCAUGGCAACCAAGUGAAUUGUUAUAUUCCUCACGUUGUCAGCAGUGCACAACUGGACAUUCCACCAUCACCUUCACUCUGGGAAAACUGUGAAGCAGAGACAUGCAGUAGAUUGUUGAGACUAUUCAACCACUAAAUUUACAUUCGGAUGCUUUCUCCAGUGUCUUCAUUUGAUUACGAAAGACACAUAUGUAGUGUGUGCGUGUUACAUUUAGCUUAACACUGUACUGUGUAUGUUGUUACAUUAUAUUGACAUCUAGCCACUAAAUGAUAGGAGCAGAGUUAGUGUGCUAUAUGUUCACCAUAACACUGUACUGAGUAGUCUUUGAAAAUCACGCUACAGUAUGGCAGUUAAACUUUUGAUUUAUGUCGUCAAACGAUCAGAAAUGGCAGGUCUAGUCCAUUUUGAGACGAGACAAGUUUUGCUUUUGAACAAACCCAGCAUCAAUCGGAGAGAACUGGCUGCUAAUUCCGAAAUGCUGAUGCUUUUUUUAAUGCAGAAAAGUUGUACUUGUCAUGAAAUUGACAAGUCCUUUAAAAUGGCAAGAAAAAGCCACUGACCCUGUUGUUAUUUGGACAGUGGUUGAUGGUAGUAAUGGUUGACCUUGCUUUCAAAUAUGGGUGUGUCCAAAGUGCGGCCCAGGAGUUGUUUUAGAAAUAAAAUUCAACAUAAAAAAAUAGCAAUAAAGGCACAAUAUAAAGAAAAAAAGCUGAAAUGUCGAUAGUAAUAACAAAACUUUGGCUUUUAAUAUAUGUAAAUGUUUUUUUUAGCCUUUUUAUAACAAUAAAACACAAAAAUAUGAAAGUGGCCCCCGGCAUCGUUUGAUUUUUCUGCAUGUGGCCCUAAAAGCUUGAACACCCCUGCAGUAUACUGUAUCUAAUUUAUAACUACUGUAUUGUACGUCAUUGUUGCUAAUGAACUUAAUCACAGGUGGUGAUGCAUUUUCAAGCCUUGUGAUUGGCUGUUUUUUACUGUUAAUGAGAAAUAACGAGUUUAAAUAGCUCUUUACAAUACGCCUGUGAAUAUUCUCAUUCUUCCAGGUAAAUGUAUUCUCAGGGCAUUCAAUCGAUCGCAACUGGUCUGUUCAGAUUGUCUUAGAAGACGUUUCGCCUCUCAGCCCAGCAGCCUUCAUCAGUUCAUGCGCGAAGAUUAUGCGGGACACACACCAGUCAGACGAGAUAGGACAGCACUAGUUCUGUCCUAUCUCGUCUGACUGGUCUCUUUACAAUGGUUUUCUCAUUUAGCCGUGCAAUGCAUCUGAAAAAUGAUGCAUGUCUUAUGUACUGUAUGUUUUCAUGAUACUAAAUGCUAAAUGUACAUGCAUGACUUGUAUUGAACCUGUGACAAAGCCAGCAAUUUGUACAGACAAUAACCAAGUGCCUGCGUCAUAACCAUAAAGUCAACAUUCACUAAUAUUCUGUUUGAAGCACUCUGAAACUCGCAAGUAAAGCCAUCUUCUUGUAAAUGGUGGUGAUGUAUUGACAAGUUGCCUUAUAUUUUUUCUGUGGUGAAUUGUUGCUCUCAUUUUUCACUGUGAGCAAUUUUCAUGAAUUAAUUUUACAGUUACCCUGUGUACCGUUUAUGUACUGUAUGUCACUCAGCUGUUUGAGGUCAUUACAUAACAAUUAAUUGAGCCAUUAAUGCUCAGGGGUUGAGAUAUAAAACAAUUACUGUAUUAAUAACAUUAAAAUAUGUUGAUGUUUCUUUAAUAAACCUCCACUGUAAUCGC